AUGAAGUGCAUUACGUCUGCCUGCGUCGCCGUCUUCGUUAUAUCUGGACUGCAUGAAGGGUUUGCGGCAUUGAAACCAGUGUUGUAUCCUGACAGCAAGCUUGUUAUCGAGGAAGGAGAUGAGUUGAAAAUAUCAUGUCUGGGUGAAGGGCCAAUUCAAUUUCAAGUCAUGAAAGUUCAAAAUAAAAAUUCUCCGAAAGCAGAUUGCGAUACUACUAACAAAAAUUGUACGCUGUAUAUUCGUAACGCAAGCGGAACCGACACUGGAUGGUACGCUUGCGCCGAGAAAGGAAUCGAGUUUCAGAACGAUGAGCAAACUAUCGAACAUCCUACCGAAAAUAUCAGCUGGAUCUACGUUUACGUAAAUUCGUCAAAACCAUUUGCUUCUAAUGUUUCAAAUGCGGACAUAAUAAGACCGCCUGAGAGUUCGGCGGUUAUACCGUGUCGGCCAACGUCGCCGGACGUCACGCCAACGUUCCUGGACAAUUAUUCGUUCAGGCCAACGCGGUACCAGCAAAAGUCAAGACAGUGGGCGAUGAUACGCCAUCAGUAUAAGAAAGAACGUUAA